CCUUCUGUUACGUCUUACGCUUGUGUUAUUACUGCAUUUUAUGUAGAAUGGAUUUAAAAAUCUAUAAUUUACGUAACGUAUACUAUAGAUACUACAGAUCUUUUGUAUGCACUGUACGUACAUAGCAGUAAAUUUUGAAACGUAGCCAAUAGCCAGCAGCUUUGCGUAACUUCGCCAAAACUCGCUGGGUCCGUUUUAUUAUAUUGUUCGCUUUUUCAUUGGUGUGUUUGCUGUUAAUUUAUAAGGAUUUUGGAGUUUUUUUGGAAAAAUAUUGGAAUAUCGAUUACUCGACAGAUAUAUUUCUUUUUCCUCGAAAUCGUCGCGAUAAUUCAUGUAGUUUUAAGGUUUUAAGAGUUGUUUAGAGUCAUGUUAAGCGCACAUGAUGAACCCACAAAAAUGAAAAAGAAAACAGAGAGCAGAGCGUACCCAAAGUAUCGUUAUGAGAGUCCAUUAAACGCUUUUAAAAGAAGCUUGGAGGAUCUUACAACCAUGGUUAGCAGGUUAACAGAUGAAAAGCUGCAGAAAUUGAGUGCAGGACAAUCUUCUAGAACAUCAUCGUUACAGGAUAGUGUAAUUAUUAUUAAUGACAGUGAUAGUGAAACAAACGAUGGAGACAAUGAAACAAAUGAUAAAAAUGUAAACAACACCUCGGUCAGUAUUAUUGAAUGUAGCUCAAAACUGGCCUCCCCUUCAAAACGAAGAAGAAAAUUAAGAAUUUCUACCAAACAAGAUGCGAAAGAACCCGAAACAUCGUCUCAUAACGAUUCAUCUAUCCUUUGCUUGUCAAACACUCAGGAAUCUUUGUUAGAUGGAGAAAAUAUAGCUCCAACACAAACGGAGGAUGAUGUAGUCGAAUUGUGGUCGUGCCUGAAGCAGAAGCCGAGAAAAGUAAAAAUAAAAAAAAAAAGAAGUUCAAACUUUAUAAUAGACAAAAAGCCAAAUCUGAGCCUUCUCAGUUGUUUAAUGACUGAAAUGGAAAAUUCACAGAAAAAGAAGAAGAAGAAGAAGAAACUAAAUCUAUUACACAAAGAAACUCCAGUUAAACCAGUUGUUAAACCCUUUGAGCAAAAAACAUUGAAACAUUUGAGUUGCAAUCGAAGAAAAAGACCAUGUGAAAAUGAUGCAUCAAAUUCAAAUGAACCCCCCAACAAAAAGAAAAUUAUUUCAAAUGAGGGGAAUCACAAAACAAAUUCAAAACAUAAAUUAAGAGAAAUAAUUGUUGAUGGUUGCAAUGUGGCAAUGGCUCAUACAAACGGUAAAGAAUUCUCAGAAAAAGGAAUCGAAAUAGUGGUAAAUCAUUUUAAAAAUCGGGGUCAUGUUGUAAAAGUUUUCUUGCCGCAACACAUUCGAAGAAAAGAAUAUUUGCUUCUUGAGAAAUUAUACAAAGAGGGUAUUGUCAUUUUUACACCCAGCCGUAGUGUUGCUGGCAGACAAAUUACAUCGUAUGAUGAUCGAUUUAUCUUGAAAUAUGCAACAUUAUGUGGAGGAAUAGUGAUAUCCUCGGAUCAAUAUAGAGACUUGUACAAAGAGAAACCGGAAUGGCGGGAUACAAUUAUGAACCGUUUACUGAUACCAACCUUCGUCGGGGAUUACAUCAUGUUCCCGGAAGAUCCGUUAGGCAAGUUUGGACCUAAUCUCGAGAGAUUUUUGCGACACUAAUUACUUAUAACAUUAUUUCAGUAAACAGGACAUGUCAGAACUGAUAUCAAAAGUGUAUGUUUUUUGUACUAUAUUCUGCUUUUUCAUUUUUUGUAUGUAUGUUUUUUUCAAAAUGUAUAAAAACACAUGCAUAUUCAUUUAAUAAUAAUUUAUAAUAAUAAUAAUAAUUUACAUUCUUACAUAUGCAUUUUUAUAAGAAUGGAAUUAUAUACUACAAAGAAAAAUGAGUUAAUGAAUUCGUUUUGUAUAAAACGAUGUAUGAAAUAUUUAUAUAAUUUAUAUUUCUAUAAUGAAACGCAUUUGUAUUUACAAGGGAUACAGUUGUAUGUUAUAUAAAAAAUCAUUUACUAAAAAAAAUCUUUAUACUGUUAAAAUAUUGUAUUCUGCAAUGCAACUAACGUAUAUGAGGUAAAGUUGUAAGGAAAUAAAAAAAAAGAUAAUUACAAAUUUUAUUUUAAA